UUUCGGGAUCAGGGGCGGAGCAGUUUUGACCCGUGUGAUCCCAAAAUAUUAAAAAAAUAAAAAAAAAGAAAAACCCACUAUUGGGCCAGCCUGCUAGGCCCAUUGCCAAAACAGCAAAGCCCUAGCACUCGGCCCGCAGUCGCACAGCCGCACUCCACAAUCCCAAUCAGAAAUCGGCGCCUGAGCCCCCGCCGCCCCUGCGAAAACCCUCCGCCGCCGCCAAGACAUGCCGCCGCGGAAGCGGCCGCCGCAGCCGGCCAAGGCUUCGGAGACCCCACCGGAAACUAAGCCCAAGAUGUCGCCGCCCAGUGCGGCGGCGUCGGCCCCGGGGACAGACAAGGAGGUCCGGAUCCUACCGGACGCCGCCCUCGCCGGCUUACCGGCGCCCGAGCGCUUGAUCUACAAGCUCGUCUUCGCGGGGGGAGACAAGGGGAUGGCGCAGACGGAGAUCCGGAUCAAGAUGGGGAUGCCGGCCAGCACCCUCACCAAGCACCUGCGCAACCUCACCGGCGGCAAGAGCAUCCUCAAGGUGGUCAACAGCGUCCACAAGCGCGCCGAGAAGAUCUACAUGGACUCCCGCCUCGACCCGUCGCCGGAGAUCACAGGGGGCACCUGGUACCGCAACGGCCAGCUCGACUCCGUCGCCGUCGCCUCCGCGCGCCGCAGGUGCCUCGACCAGGUCGACAAGCUCGGCGUCGCCCCGGCCGAUGCGAUCCACGAAGGCAUCAGCAGGGACUGCCCCGGCGUGGCGUACUCCAUCGAGCAGGUCAGGGACAUCCUGCGCACCAUGGCGCUCGACAGGGAGCUCGAGGAGGUCAGGAGCACCGGGGUUGGGCAGUUCAGCGACCACAGGGCCGGGAAGGUGUGCUACCGGAGGGGCGGAGUGCCGCAGGGCGGCAUGAUGGAGAGGAUCCCGUGCGGAGUUUGCCCCAGGAUCGAUGAGUGCUCGCCGGACGGCGUCAUCUCGCCGAGCACCUGCGUCUACUACAAGAAGUGGCUGCAGAUGGACUUCUAGGCGGCAUUUGCAGACAUUUCUGAAGACAACUUCCGCUGGAGUUCAAUCAAAAUAGGAAAAAGUGACAUCUGAGGAAAAUCUCAUGACAUCUUUAAAGUGACUAGGUAUCUUCUUGGAACCUGUCAAAGUGGAUUAUGCUAUGAGGAUGUUAACACCAGCGACUUAGUCUUGCAGCUCUAUGCUUGGCGUUUUCUUGUACGCUUCUAUGGUUGUGCUGGGCCAAGCAGAAAGAAGAGAAGUCUGGGUCGGGUCAUGUCUCAUGCCUUGUGCUGCCGCAUUGUCAAACUGGGAGAAAGUGAUGGGCAUCUCUAAACAAGGUACUCUCUCGGUUGCUGUUGCUGAUUAAUCUUCUUAGGAAGUGAAACGUGAUGGCAGCAGUGAGAAAGACGUGUUAAGUUGCUCUCUUUUUCCUGCUAAUCUUUAGCCAUGAGCGCGAUCUGCACCUCUGCGGCUACGUCACACUUGCAUUGCAUACAUAUUGAAGCAGCUCCGAAGCUACGAAAAAAAGUGUGUUUUGCUUUAGGUUAAUCUGCGUUCACCAAUGACGUGUAUUUUAUUCCGAUUUUAACUCGUGUUAUACUGUUAUGUACCCCCUCUCUAUUUUAAUAGAUAACUUCAAUGAUUUU